UCUCAGUUUCUAAUCUCUCUCCAAUUCCAUUGUGCCUCACGUUUCUGCUCUCAGAAGAAUUCUUUUUUUUUUUUCCUUUUGUUAAAAGAUCUCAGAAGAACUUGAGUCUCCGAUUCGAUCAGAAUGAAAAGUAUGUAUCACGACGAUGUUCAUCCCACGACUUCAGGGAAGAAGAUGUGGUCGAAUUUUUGUACGCUGGUGGAUGCGGCUGUUAUAUUAUCUGAAGAAGAAAGCCUUCAGAGAAUCUUUUGUCUCUUUCCGAGAAAAACAAGAUCGUCUGUGAUGAAGAGAAGAUACCCACAACAAAUUCUAAAUAGAGCUUCUACGUCUUCAACGCUCAUCGAUCUUAACGAGUUCCCUAUUGAAUAUGAGACAGAAGACCCACAAAACCAACUCCCAUGGCUGUCUUCUUCGUGUGUCACCGCCGCUGAUUCCGAGACGAAAACCCUACGAAACCCUAGUUCUGAACUCUUACUCUUGGAUUACAAAACGGCUGAGUCCGAGAAGACGGAGAUGAUCAAAGACUCACUAAACCCUAAUUCCCCAUGUUCUGAUGAUCUGUCUUUGUGCUUAGUACCGGGGAGCACAAGCCGCAAGAGACGUGCCGUGAAAGAGAGAAAGCGUACUGGUGGAUACAAGAAAGCAAAGGUUGCUCCUUUAUCCCCGACGGCGAGAGACAUGCCUGAGUGGCUUGUCAAGGCUAUGAGAGAUAUGAACGGAGCCAGAGACGCUAAACUGAUCUUUGAGAACACAAGCCGCAAGAGACGUGCCGUGAAAGAGAGAAAGCGUACUGGUGGAUACAAGAAAGCAAAGGUUGCUCCUUUAUCACCGACGGCGAGAGACAUGCCUGAGUGGCUUGUCAAGGCUAUGAGAGAUAUGAACGGAGCCAGAGACGCUAAACUGAUCUUUGAGAAGACUCUGUUCGUGACUGAUGUAAACCCAACACAGAACCGUCUCUCAAUGCCUUACAACAACUUACACCGAAACGACUUCUUGACGCCUGUGGAGUCGAGAAUCAUAGACGAAGACAUCAACCACAAUAAGAAGAUUGGAGUGGGAGCGAUUCUCGUGGAUCAGUGGUCUAGAAAGUGGGGUGUGAUGCUGAAGAGAUGGGAGAUGAAGAAAGAUUCAGGUAAAGGAAGCUGGAAUUACAAUUUGAUUUGUGGGUGGAACGACAUCAUUGAGGCUAACGGAUUGAAAGAGGGCGACAACAUCAGUCUUUGGUCGUUCAGGUGCUGUGGAAUCCUCUGUUUUGCCAUGGAACAGAGUAGCUCUUCCCUUGCUCUCUGUCUCUGCUAAGUGUCUUGUGUCUGUUGAGGUUUUGUAAUUUCUUAGAACUAGGGUGUUACUAGGGUUGUGAUCUUAUUAGUAGCUUGUUCCUUCUAUUGUAUCAGAUUAUGAACUUUGAAAUUUUGACAUGAAUCUGGUUAUUUGUUUGGUCUUACUUUAGUUACUGCGCUA